AUGGUGAUUCAAUGCAAACCGAUUCCGGCACUCUACACUGUAUACAUCCUCCGAUCUACAGUUCGCCAUGCCUCAUUAUACAUCGGCUCAACGCCAAACCCGCCACGGCGAUUGAGCCAACACAAUGGGCUUGUGCGAGGCGGCGCGGCCAAGACAUCGCGAUACAAUCUGCGCCCAUGGGAAAUGAUUGGCCUGGUAUCUGGAUUUCCGAGCGCGAUAGCUGCGCUUAAGUUUGAGUGGGCUCUCACGAACCCUCAUGUCUCAGUACACAUCCCGUCAGAAUCCCGCAUUUCAAUUUCCACUCAACGUAAAUCCAAUGGCCAGCCACGCCGACCGCCGCGCAGCUUGGCCUCAGUGCUGGCAAAUCUUCAUCUAUUGCUACGAGUACCGAGCUUUGUUCGAUGGCCACUGCGCCUGCAUAUCUUCAAUCGCGAGGUGUAUCGUGCAUGGCUGAAAGCGUGCCAGAACGCAACCGGGCCGCUUCGUCCGGACUUCGAGGUGGCUACUAGCUUUAGGAAUCGGUCGCUUCUCGAAAAAGUUUCGAAAAUUGGGCAAGGCACAGAGGCUCGCGAGGAAGAUGAUGUUGAUGUCUUGAAGACGGUGACGGAGAUGCCCGGCAUCCAUACAUUACCUUUGGAUUACGAACCAAUUAGAGAUUACGUGGCAAAGGGUCAAGAAAUCUUUGAAUUUGAGCGUCAGGGCAAAUGUGUCGUCUGUCACGAGGACCUGGUCCCUUCGGAAGAAGGCAAGAAGGACAAGGGAAAAGGGGAGGGAGCGUCUGGAGCAAAGGGAGGAGCCCUGCAAGCUGUGUGCAGCAAUCCCGGAUGCGACGCGGUCGGGCACCUGACGUGUUGGAGCCGACAUCUCAUCGAAUCCUCGGGCGAGACUGGCAGCGGUUGCAUUAUUCCAAUCCGCGGGCGGUGUCCCAAGUGUAAUGGCAAGGUGCUGUGGGGUGACAUGAUGAAGGAACUGACUCUGAGGGUUAGGGGAAAGGAAGAGGUGGAGAAGCUGCUCAAGCGGAAGCAGAGAGGAGGUGGGAGAAAGAAAACAAAGCAAUCGUUUUCUGAAGAGGAUGAAUGA